GUGGAGACACUUCUACACAUCAUGGCUAAUGGCUGUUGGAUCGUUCUUUGGAUAACAUUUUGUACAGCUGCAUCGCUGACAAAUGUUGAUGAAGAAGAGUAUGUAUCAUGUGAAAAAAACUUUAUAAAGUGUUUCCAAAAUCUGUGUAAAUGUUCUCCAAACUGUGUCAUUUGCACAAAUAGGGGAAUGAAUCUUACAAGUAUUCCGGAUUUACAAACUUCAACAACAUCUCUGAACUUUUCUUCAAACUAUCUAAGUGGGAUUACAAGAAAAACAUUGCGAAAUAUCACACAGUUAAAAGACUUAAUUCUUCGAAACAACAGUAUCACAGACAUUUCUGCUGAUGCUUUUCAAGAUAUGAAAUGGCUGGAGGUUCUUGAUCUUAGAUACAACAAUGUGCAUGAAGAGGUUCUUCAGAAAUCAUUUCACAGUUUACAAAAUACAGUUCGAUCUAUUGAUGUAUCAAAUAACAGAUAUUUGUGGAAUCUUACAGACGAUUUUGUGCGUGGGCUUUCGCGACUCAAAUUAAAGAUUCUUUUAAUCGAGCAUGCUCACAUCCGACAAUUGAAUUUUUCAGUGAUAUCUCGCCUGAAGUCACUGCGUGUUUUAAAUGUUGCUCAUAAUGACAUUUCUUGGACAACAGCUGAUGUUCCCUGGUAUUUGACUAACAUUUCGUUCCUUUCAAACUCCCUGACAGAGCUUCCGAAAUUUUGUGUUCAUACGAAUUAUUCAAAACUUCGAUCUUUAGAUUUGGGUGAAAAUGCGAUAAGUCACUUGUCGAAUGUUAGUAUGAAAUGUCUCACAGAUUUGGAACAUAUUAGUUUCACAGACAAUUUUCUGUGGAGGAUGCGUUCAGAUACAUUUUCGUCAUUAUCAAACCUUAAAUACAUUUCUUUUAAUAAUGCUUUCAGAACUUACUCAACCGAUGAGGUGCUUGAGGAAUAUGCAUUUAAUAAUAGUGCUGUUAAAAAGCUUAUUCUGGCAGGCAUUACUAAAUUCGGUUAUUUAGAUUACAUUGUUAACCCAAAGGCACUGAGAGGGUGUACGGGCGUUACAUGGUUGGACCUGUCCUACAACCCUAUGAUCUAUUUGAACAAUAGCUAUCUAAAAGCACUCCUUUCUGGCCUUGACAAAAUAGAGGUGCUACGAAUGCCAAGGUGUCAGUUAUCCUUUUUUCCAAGUGUAAUAUCGAACUUCCGGGAACUUAAAGAAAUUGAUCUUCAUGGCAACCGAAUUAUGUCGUUAGAUCCAGGAGUGUUCACCAACUUGACAAAACUCAAAACUCUGAACCUCUCACAAAAUGCCAUCCAGGUUGUCAGUGAAGCUUUAUUUUCUAUUCCAAUCAGAGAGCAAUUGUCAAAAGUGAAUUUGGCUUUCAAUAAUUUUGUCUGUACUUGUGCUAACCUUUGGUUUGUUACAUGGGUGAAGGCAGAUAAAAGUAAAUUCCUUAACUUCCCAGAGUCAUAUCGAUGUGGGUAUCCAUUGAACCUCAAAUCAACGCUUCUGAUUGAUGCCAAUGUCUCAGAAGAGACGUGUCGGAUCUCACCUUAUGUGUUUCCCAUAGUCUAUGGUUUUUCAUUAGUUUCAAUAGUGUUGAUAGUCGUUAUCUCCAUUGCCUAUAGAUUACGUUGGCGCAUUCGCUAUUAUAUCCACAUGUUCAGAUACAAAAGGAGGAAGCAAGUUGAUGAAGAGAGAUACAUCUAUGAUGCUUUUGUGGUUUAUUGUGAAGCUGAUUCCAGAUGGGUAAGGAAUAAUAUCAUACCAAGGAUUGAAGAGGAAGCCAACUUUAAGCUGUGUAUCCACGAGAGAGACUUUAUUCCUGGGGAAUAUAUAGUUGAUAACAUUGUAACCAAUUUGGAUAAUAGCAGAAACGUCAUCAUGGUGCUGUCUAAUUCUUUCAUUCUGAGUUCAUGGUGUCAGUUCGAACUAGCUCUGAUCCAGAAACGAGCUCUGGAGAAGGAUGUGGGUUAUCUGUUGUUGGUGCUGCUUGAAAACAUUUUGGACAGGAACAUGACGUCGUCACUGUAUGCCCUCUUUCAGACUACUACCUAUAUCACGUGGCCAGACGAGGAGGAAGAUAGACAUGUAUUCUGGAUGCGACUUAAACAAUGUUUACAUGAUUAAAUGGUAGUCAUCCAAAUAUUCUUAAGAGAGAAAUCAAGUGUUUAUUCGGACAUCUAAACAACAGUAUACUUAUGGAAAUUGAUUUGAUUGCGCAUUGAGUUUGAAAAUUGCGUUUGCUUGCAUUUGAAAACAGUCACUUGGUCUUUUUCGUUUUCUGAGAUCACAUUCAAUAAUGUUAUUUUUUAAUGUUUUUUAUCUCCUCAUUACUG